GGCGCUAUACGAUCUUUGGUCAAACAUUUUUUGACCAUUGACACCGACGAGACUUUUUGAUUGUGCUAUCUCCAAUCCGGCUUUCCUCCUCCCUACUAGGCCUAGUAGGGGGCCUAGGCCUAGCAUUAUUGCUUGGUUGAUCUUCAUGUGAUAGUCGGCCUAGACUGUAGGACAAAUACUUUAUGCAACAUGUCAUAUUACUUCUCCCUGGUUAUUGAAAUUUUUUGAAGAGAACGACAUUACAACAUUUCAAAAAAAGCAAUGAGCAAUUCUCAAGGGAAUAACAAAAAGCAGGAGAAAUUUAAGAACGAAAGAGCAAAAAGUAAAAAGCUUUCUGUGAACUUUUGUUGUUUCAUGCCAACAGACAUGAUGUCAUCAGAGGAAGCCUCUACAUCUGGUGAGUCGGCAGACUCUCUACAAAAGAAACCAGAUGUGAAAGCGAAGAUCCCUGAGAAAGGGGAUUUAUCAACAAGCAUGGACAGAGGAAAAGAACAUUAUAGUUACAAAUCAAGUUAUGUGGAUUUAGACAAUGCAAAAACUGUUAAUAGUAAAGAAAAAAGAAAAAGAAAGAAAAAGUCUACAAAUACAAAAAAAAAGUCAAAUCAAGACACAUCAGAAACUUCAGAGGAUAGUUUAUACCAGGAGAAUGAAUACCAGCAAGGAGAAGGUGGCCCAGAAUCCAUGAGCUAUGAAGUCAAUGACCUACUGAAUGCUUCUGAGUUGAAAUUUGAGAGAGCAGCAACCCCACCAGGAUUCUGUAAUGAAUUUCAAAAAGGUUAUUCAAAUAUUUCUGGUGAGAGAUUUGGAACCUCAACUGAAAACGAAAGCUGUGAAAUUGUUCCAAAAGACAAAAUGCUGAAUGUAAAACAUACUAACUCAAAAGUUAUCAAAACAGAUAACAUUUCAGAAGUAUGUGAAAAGAUUGCUGCUCAAACUGUGACCCAGAGUAAGAAUUUUGAUGGCAACUCAAGAGAAAAAGACAUACCUGUAUGUAAAAGAAUUGAGAAACCAUUGGAAACAGAAGUGCCGAUCAGUGAAGAUGAAGAAGAUUUGUACAGUGCCAAUACUGAUGUGCUGCAGGGAGUAACAGGAUCAGAUGAACAAUAUGAUAGCAUUGGUCAGCAACGUCUAAAAAGUGUGGGUAGUCAACAUGAUGUCAUACAUUAUGCAAAGAAAGAAUGGAAGAGUAAAACUGAAAAGGCACAAAAUAUGAGACAGGGAUAUGAACAAGUUUUUAACAAUGGAUACAGAUUUCUUCGUCGCAUACGUGGGGAUAAUUAUUGCGCCAUAAGAGCUACAUUAUACCAAGCAUUAGUAAAGGGUCUACCUAUUUUAGAAAAAUGGAAAAAUACAGAAAAGAUAACUGAGGAACUAUGUGAGCUAGAAUGGAUGCAGCAUUGGAGUUUUGGUGGUGGUCGAUUAGGUCAAGUAAACACUCUGCAGAAAGUUAGGAAAAUGCUAAAUCAUUGUCUGACAACUCUUCAAACUGAGUACAAACAAGUGUGUGAAAAUAGAGAUAACCGUGAAAAAUACAUGCUGAAAUUAUUCAACUCCCCAGAAGAAAAAGAUAUUUUAUUAAUGGAAGGAAUUAAGAUUCUAAUGAUGUAUAAUGCAGUACAUUUACACAGAAGUUAUAUUAAGGAAGAACAAGUACCAACGUUUGUAUGGCUCAUUUUUGCACGAGACACUUCUCCAAAUCCUCGGACUUUGAUGCUCAACCAUCUAAAUAAUGUAGGAUCACAAGGUGGACUGGAACAGGUUGAAAUGUGUCUUCUUGGAAACACUCUAGAAAUUUCAAUCAAAGUAAUGCGUCCCUUGCAGCAUAGCCAACAAGACUUCAUCUCCAUGUACCCAGACGUCUGUAAAACAUGCCCCAGUGUGACUCUGAUUGCGGAGGAUGAUCGCCACUACAAUAUAGUAUACAACUGAUCAUGGUACCUAAUCGGCUGUACGUUCAGUGUGUAUCAAGCUAAAAAAUCAAGAGCAAUGUCAGAUCCCAAGAAAAACUAUCAAAUGUAGUACAUAUAUAGGAGCUCAAUUCAGCCUAUUUUAGAAUAGAUGAUUACUUUUUAAAUCAUUUAUUUUGCAUAUAAUAUAUAGUGUAGUAACAUGCUUUUUUAGAUUUUUGCAAUAUUUUGUUAAAACUUAUUCUUAUAAAUAUAGGAAACAGAUAUUGGAUUAUUCUACGAGUAUUUAUAGUUAUUUAAAAAUGUUGAAUUUAGAUAUUCACAAUUCAACCUUUUUCAUAUUAAGAUUAUGAAGAUCCAUGUUUAAGGCAUUCAGGUGCUAGUUGGGAAUAGUAGGGUGCUUUUGAUUUGCAACGAUGUAGAACAUAGAGUGUAGUCAUGACAUUAAUUUAACUGUGCAUGUCAGAAUGUUGUGCGUUGCAUUCUCUCCUGAAAUCGUUGGCCGAAUAUAUGUACAUUCAGGCCAGACCAAGGACUGUACUCGGGGCCAUAGCCAGAGGGGGAGGGAUCGAGUGGGUCCUGGCCCCCUCCAAUUAAUCAAAAUAAUUAAAAUUGAGAUUGUACCACAAGCAUUAAUAAUUCUAUCAUGAAAUAAUGCAAAUUUUCCAGGCCUUCUGCCCUGGGCCUGGCCGGGGGAUAUCGGCACCCAUUCCCCAAACUGGUUGAUUGCUGCGCAUGCAAAUUUUAUCCCAGCUGCGCCCCUAUACUGUAUUAAACAUUGGUACACUAGGUCGGUCUUUGCCAUCGUGAUAUCUCCGUGUAUGCAUCAUAAAAAAUCGAAAUUGAUUUAUAGUAGAAUGUAGACAUGUGACACCAGUCACGGUUGAGUGAAUUUGUUCUACAUUCUUAUUCUACGUUCUCAAUUGAAAGCUCCCUGUGGCUUGAGAGUUGACACCACCACGGUCUCCCUAUGAUUGGGUUGAGAUGUGCAAGUAUUAUUGGACAGUUUGACCUAUAGAUGCCCUCAUUACAAUGUUAUACUUUUAUAAUAUAUCCAGUUAAAACAAAAUUAAAAGCACUUUUCAGUCAUCUUCAGUAAAAUAGAAGUAAAAAUCAACAUCUUACUGUAUGGGUUAUCUUUCGUAGUUUUUAUAUAUGGUAGUGAGUUAUCCACGUAACAUUUUACAGUUUUUUGAUUUGUGAUAAUUUUUUUGAUUCAAAUUUUAAAGCUAAUGUCCACAUUUUGACCGUGGUUCAGGGCUGGGAAACUUAUAUCUGGCCCGGGAUUUAUCAAUCUCAGCUUAGCAAAUGUCUUAAGUCAAGAAAGUUAAGAUGUCCCUAAUAAAUAUCUUACACUGAUUUAUUACCCAAUGUUAGCAAAUUCUUGGCCUAAAAAUCGUCGUUAGAUGGCGCCAACGUACAAUUGACUUUCUAAUUUUAAGCAUUUUUUAAGCUAAGCAAUAUUGAUAAAUUUGACUUAAGCAAAAAAAUGGACUUAAGAUGAAUUUAAGCUGAUUUCUAGUUUGAUAAAUCUGGCCCCUGGUCCUUAACCUUAAUCAGAUGGGUCCAUUUAUAUGAUUCUAAAGGGGAUGCAGUCCCACAGGUGUCUAGUUUGUGGUGGUGGUGCUGGUUUGAUAGUCAUUACUUCGCCAUGGUUGUGUGCUGAGGUGAGCACAUUUUUAAGGAUAUGGCACCUGCAUCUAGAUGCUUGGAAAUGGUAUUCCUCCAUUCCAUAAAUAAUGCUUUUCAUGUUUAAUCAUAAAGAAUAUUUUAACAUUUUCAUCUAACUAUAAACAUAGAAACACUAAAUUUGAGUUUAGUAUGCUACUAGAGUACAUUUUCUGUGUAAAUGUAAAAAAAAGAAAAAACUGGUGUGUUCUUGUUUUUAUGGACUUCAGAAAAUUCAAAAUCUUUGUCAUGUUUUAUUGCUUUGCUAGGAAAUCGGCAGUUCAUUAAAUGUUUUAAUCAAUAAUUCAUUAAGCAUAUUAAUUAAUAAAAAAUUCUUAUAUUUCAUUGUCCCAAUUUGAAUUUGAAGUCCAUUUUUGAAAUGCAGUAUGGGGUUGAGAAAUUUAGCGAGUGUUUAGACUCGAUUUGCUAUUAUAUUUGUGUAUUUGUAUCUUGUGUUUCGUUACAUUUUUGUAUAUAAUAACAAGUCUGCAGGACAUAAGACAGUGGUGGUGCCAGUUGGGGGCUUAGGACCAGAUCCCCUCUUCUGUCAGGGAGAAGAAACAUUGGUCGGACAGAAAAAAACAAUUUUUACAGAAUGAAAGACUAAAAUAAGCCUUUCAAAUCCCUACAUUUUUUGGGUUUCCGGGGGAUUCUCCCCUGUACCUCCUUUGAGGUGUUUUGGGCUGCUCUGCCUCCGCCACUUACUGUAUGCUAUAUUCCAGGAAAUUGGCCUUCCCGUUGCACACAGGGAACCCCUCCCCCAUCGAGCAAAUCCUGGUAACACCGGUGAAAUAAAGAUCUAUACAAUGAUAGAGAAAGAGUGUGAUUACCGUAUUAUUAGGACACUCAUUCGUACCUCUUUGCACUUUCAUUUCUUUAGAAGACAUGAUAUUCACUUCAGUAUUUGGUCUGCAUAGCAAAGGCUGUUUAUGGUGAUUAAAUUGUAAUGGUUUAAAUGU